AUGACGACAUCCAAAGCAAUACAAAUCGCCAAAGACAUUGAGGAUGCACGGUGCAAAGGCAACUGGAAACUCAUGCCCGAAUUGGCACGCCGUUAUCGAAAGCACAACCCCAAAGGAGAAGUUCUUGCACAGACCAUUGUAGCCGAAGCAUCGCUAGCACAACUCGUUCAAAAUACCCAAUCGUCGUCGUCGUCGUCAUUGUUGAAUGCUGACCAAGUCAAAUCGAUCCGGCACCAAUUGCAAUCGGUUAUCCACAUGACGGAUACAGCCACAGCCACAGAUAGAGAGUUUGCAAAGGUUGUACUUGCAAGGUCGUACUAUGCAUGCGGCGAUUUUACCAAGGCCGUUGAUAUUGUGUCACAUUUGUCCUUUGAACGACAAGACGUCAAUGCUGGGUACAAUGCAGUCUUACUUUUACAAGCCAGGGUUAUGAAAGCUGUUGGCUUUGAACACAUGGGGGAUAUGCCACUCGCUUUUGAUACCUAUCGUUCGGUCACAACGGUUGUCAAGGAUGCUCUCACUGCCAAGGAACGCGUUCUAGUUGAAUGGGCUGAGGAAGGUUUAUACCGAGGUGCUAUGGUAGCAUGGAAAUAUGAGGGAGCAGAUGUGGGAUCAACACUCGAGAUGUUACGAGCGUAUCAGCGUGUUACUGCGUCACAGCCGUUGGCAUGGCGACAAUCCAAACGAAUCAAGAUGGCGGAACAAUCGCUCAGAUAUCUCUGUAAUGUGUAUCGGAAAGGAGAAUAUUGCCCAUCAGAGAGAAGUGGCACCAAGCAGGCAAUGUUUGUGAUUGAGGUGACCCAGCUCCACGCCCUGUAUGAAAAGAUGAUCUUGUCAGUUGCAAAGUUCCCUCGUGCCAAUCAAGUGAAUCAGCCCAUUUUGGACUAUGCUGAUUUAGUAUGGGAGAUUGUGGAAACGCCAUCAGUAGCUACAUGGUCUGUGAAUGAUUUACGAGGAUUUACAGAGGGCUUGAAUCGUGCAACACAAAAGGCAUUCAAUUCACCUCGAAUUACACGACACCUCUUCCAUGUUCAAUAUAUGACGGGCGACUACAAACAAGCACAUCAUGCGUUGCAGGCGUAUCUUUACAUGGUGGGGCUUGUGUCACAUGCUCGCAAUGCAUCACGAGAUCACGGCGAAGCUUUGGCCAUUGAUAGUCGAGGCAACACGCGACCUGUACCUGCUAUCAAAAAGGAGGAUAUUCGACAAUUGGUGCAAGAGAGCGCGGGUGGUGAACUUGCGGAUAUGCAUAACGCUGCCAAGCCAACCAAAUCCAUUGCAUCACGUCGCACUGUGGAGAAAGAAUCGACUCAAGACACAUUGAGAGUGCUAUUGGCGGGAAUCAAAAUGCUGUGUCAAGAUCUCGAGAAUGGUCCUGAAGCUGUGGAGUUAGGCGAGAUUGCUAGUGCCGUAUUCAACCUCCAAUCGGAAGGAUUUCAGCAAGAGCACAAAGUCCUGGGGGCCAAUGUGUACAGGGCAACUGGUACAGCGUAUGGGUUAUUAGCGAAUCAAACAACGGAUCCUCCCACUCGUUCGCAGUAUCACAGUGAAGCACUCAAGUUCCUCCAAGAAUCAACAGCAAUGGAUCCUGAUGCAUGGCAAACGUAUUAUCAAUUGGCAUUGCAACAAGGCACCAUGCGUGAUGUCCAUCUUGCUAUCCAAACGAUCACCAAGGCAUUACAGAUGAAUCCUGAUCAUAUACCAUCAUGGCAUUUGUUGGUGCUAGCAUGCUCGUGUCCUUCUCAAGGUGGUUUGGAGCAAGCGUUACGGACAUGUCAAAUGAGCCUAGACCGGAUACAGCAAUCGGAUGAUUUGCCUGAAGAUGGAAGCAGCAAUAACAGUGAUCAAGAUGGUGGUGAUGAUCAACAGCCCCAAGAUCUUGGGUCGAGACCUGGAUUCGAUCGAUUGGAACAACGUGUCUUGUUGCAAAUGACACAAUCCAUGCUUUUGAAUGUGGCACGUGGAGCUCAAGAUGCGUUGGAGUCACAAAAGGGUGUAUUCAGCACGUAUGGUCAAAUCGCUAUCCCAGAAGAGAUGGAUGAAGGCACGGGUGGUUUAUAUCAGUCCAAUGGCAACAAUGUCAGCGCUGGAUCAAGGAACCCCAUGGUGGUAUCAGGAUCAUUAGGGAAUUUGAGCGAAUCUGUAUCAGGGGGAAUAGCAGCUCAAGAAUCAGCACCAGUGAUCACCAAUGGUAAAACAACGACCAAUGGCGUAACACGUGGCAGUACAUGGCAUACAAAUGGCAGUAGCACAUCCUCUUCCAAUGGCAGUGAUGAUACCAUUCGCACAGCACCUACCCCGCUUGGCGCUUCUUCUUCUUCACAUCAUCAUCGUGGUCGUCUUCAUCCAUCAUUGCAUCUUUUCCGAUCCAAGAGCAAAUUACGUAAACAACAUCCCGAGAAAGUGAAUGGAUCGACAACAACAACAACAACAAAUGAUUCAACAACACGUGGCAGCUACCCAAUGCAGGCAUCGGUGUCAUCGCUGCAUAGUGCGGUUCCUUCAUUGAGUAGCACAGCAUCGAUUAUUCCGCACGGCUCUGUAGGCUCCGCUACUAUGGACGCACAACCCACAGCACGUUGCCGGCUGCGACAAAGACGAUCCAUACGCAUAUUGUGUAACCUGUGGCUCUUGUCAGCCAGCUGCUUUCUCGAGUUGGGUCUUGUGAACGAGACACUCAAGGCGAUUGAAGAAGCGGAGAAUGUCGAUUGGACUAACAACGCAGGUGUAUGGUGCAUGCUUGGCAGAUUACGUCUCGUUGAGAACAAAAUCGACUCGGCGAUCGCUGCGUUCCAAAAAGGGCUAGUAUGUGAUGGAAAUGACGUUGAAUGUCGUGUGUGGCUGGCCAAGGCUUACAUUCAACAUGGUGACCUCGAAGUUGCUGAAGGGCUCUUGGAAUUCGUUACUAGAAGCAACGGAUGGAAUUGUACCGAAGCUUGGUUGUAUCUUGGGCAAGUGUAUCGCAAGACCGAUCGAUUAGAACGUGCCAAGGAUUGCUUUAUCUAUGCAUUAGAACUAGAAAGAACCCAGCCAAUCCAGCCCUUUUCUAUCCUGCCCCGUUGUAUUUAG